ACGGCCGCCGGCCGGCGGGGUCCGCCUCGUCCCUGAGCUCCUCCGAGAUGUCGCUGUAUGGCUCUUCCGAAGCGUCGCUCCCGAGCGUUACGGAAGAGUCCAUAUUCAGUUCUUCCCUGACUUCAGUCGCCAGCACACCCCAAGGGUCUCUGCAGGAGCUCGCCCCGACUUUGGAGACUCGCUCUCCUUCCCUGCUGGCCCCCGGGCUCCCCGCACCUAGCGACUGUCCCCACCUGCCCGCGCACGUGCCUCCUACGCCCGGCCUCCCCCCGUGCCUCUCGGCGCCCGGCCACCCCUGGAUCUCCGUAGCUCUGCCUUCUGUCCCCUACUGUGGCCCUUCCCAAGGGGCUCCUCCGGCCACCAACAACGCCGGAGCGACCGUAGGAGCGCUCGCCGGGCUGCCCUGGGGAGCUCUGCCUCGACCGGCCCCGCCUCCGGGCGGUCCCAGAGCGCCCGCGCCCUGGUCCGCCCCGAUCCCGGGGCCCGGCUCCCCCGGGGCAUCUAUGGGCAGACCGGCUCCGCCCCCGAGCGCUAGGCGAGGGUCAGUGGAAGGGAUCGCCCCGCCCUUUGCUGUCCCUACUCUUAAAUCUACGCCUGAGAGGAAUCUCAACCAAAGCAUGGCGAGCCCGGAGAAAGCAAGUGCUGCAGGCCACAUGUUCGACGUAGUGGUGAUAGGAGGCGGCAUUUCAGGGUUGGCUGCUGCCAAACUAUUGUCUGAACAUGAACUUAGUGUUUUGGUUUUAGAAGCCAGGAACAGAGUUGGAGGAAGAACAUACACAGUGAGGAAUGAACAUGUUAAUUGGGUAGAUGUUGGUGGGGCCUAUGUGGGGCCAACUCAGAACAGAAUCUUACGCUUAUCUAAGGAGCUGGGACUUGAAACUUACAAAGUGAAUGUCAACGAGCGUCUUGUUCAGUAUGUCAAGGGGAAAACUUAUCCUUUUCGGGGAGCAUUUCCUCCUGUAUGGAAUCCUCUUGCAUAUUUGGAUUACAACAAUCUGUGGCGGACAAUGGAUGACAUGGGAAAGGAGAUUCCAGCUGAUGCACCCUGGGAGGCCCCACAUGCCCGGGAGUGGGACAAGAUGACCAUGAAAGAUCUCAUCGAUAAAAUCUGCUGGACAAAGACUGCUAAGCAGUUUGCUACUCUGUUUGUGAAUAUCAAUGUGACCUCUGAGCCCCAUGAGGUCUCUGCUCUGUGGUUCCUGUGGUAUGUGAAGCAGUGUGGUGGUACCACUCGGAUAUUCUCAGUCAGCAAUGGAGGCCAGGAAAGGAAGUUUAAGGGUGGAUCCGGUCAAGUGAGUGAAAGGAUAAUGGGCCUUCUAGGUGACCGAGUGAAACUGAACUGUCCAGUCACCUAUGUUGACCAGUCAGGUGACAAUAUCAUUAUAGAGACGCUGAGUCAUGAACACUAUGAGUGCCGAUAUGUAAUUAGUGCCAUCCCUCCAACUUUAACUGCCAAGAUCCACUUCAAACCAGAACUUCCGCCAGAGAGAACCCAGUUAAUCCAGCGCCUUCCAAUGGGGUCUGUCAUUAAGUGCAUGAUGUACUAUAGGGAAGCCUUCUGGAAGAAAAAGGAUUACUGUGGCUGCAUGAUCAUUGAGGAUGAAGAAGCCCCAAUUGCAAUAACCCUGGAUGACACCAAACCAGAUGGAUCGGUACCUGCCAUCAUGGGCUUCAUACUUGCCCGGAAAGCUGAUCGACUUGCUAAACUCCAUAAGGAAAUAAGGAAGAAGAAAAUCUGUGAGCUGUAUGCCAAAGUGUUGGGAUCUCAAGAAGCUUUAGAACCAGUGCAUUAUGAAGAGAAGAACUGGUGUGAGGAGCAGUACUCCGGGGGCUGCUACACAGCCUACUUUCCCCCCGGGAUCAUGACCCAGUAUGGAAGAGUGAUUCGCCAGCCAGUGGGCAGGAUUUACUUUGCUGGAACAGAGACUGCCACACAAUGGAGCGGUUACAUGGAGGGAGCAGUUGAGGCUGGAGAACGGGCAGCUAGAGAGGUUUUAAAUGCUCUUGGGAAGGUGGCCAAGAAGGAUAUAUGGGUACAGGAACCUGAGUGUAAGGAUGUUCCAUCAGUUGAGAUCACUCAUACCUUCUUGGAGAGGAACCUGCCUUCUGUGCCUGGCCUCCUGAAGAUCAUUGGGAUGUCAACCUCUCUAACUGCCUUCUUGUUUGUGUUGUACAAGUAUAAGCUACUGCCACAGUCCUGAACUUUCAACUUCUGGCUUCCAUCUUACUUGUUCUCAGUACUACCAGUCACCAUCAAAGGGAAAGUGUGAACGAAUUAAAGGCUGUGUCAUUAGGACAUUUAAGUGCACUUGAUUUAAAUCCUCUGUUUAUUCUCAGUCUGUAUUAAAGUAAAAAUAACCCAAAGAAUUACCUAAUUCAUUUCAGUAAGACCAAGUUCUGUCUUGUCUGUGUAGACUAACUCAUGUUUAUUGCUAGACUAAAACCUUGUGAUUGCUCUGUUGAUUUCAAGAAGUUAAUGUGUUCAUGAGAAGCAACUGUCUUUUUCUCACCUUUAAUGUAAAACACCUAAUGAUUUCAGAAAAAUUAUUUGGUUUUUUCUGUGUAGAGCUGGAGUAAGUUAAGAUUUAGCCUAUGACAUCUUUAGAAACUGAUGAAGUGUUGGUACAGAGCCCAGAAAUUCACAGCUUUCUAGAGUGACCAACCACGACUAUGGGCCAGGAAAUUCUAAAUGAAAACAGUGUAGGGAGCAGGGACCUGCAGGCCCUCAGACCAGGAUGAAGACAUCUUCUGGGAUGCUGCCUCAGGAAUCUCCUGACAACUUAUAAUUUCUGUGAAUUUUCUAGACAUCUAAUCUCAGCAUUGUCUUAUUUGUAUGUUUUCCUCUUCUUAGAGAGGAGAAUGUUUACCAAGCUAUAAUGCUUAAAUUGAUUGGCCGUGAUGUUUAUGUAGUUCCCUAGAUGGGCAGAGUAAAAUAGUGACAGGACUGUCCCCUAAGAAGCCUCCCUGUCUCCAAGUGGGACCAAUGACAAUAGGCAUCUUCUCUUCCUUUUAAAAUGUGGCUAGACAUCAGUCCAUUCUUGUCAGUGAAGACAUUCUAUGCAGAUUUUAAGAAAACAGUAUUUUCCUUUUUUCCAUGUAGUCCCCAGCUGUCUAAAGGUCCUUUAAAGGUAGAUACUGUUUUUUCUUAAGAUCACAGAAGUAGAUACAUCUCUUACCUUAUAUGACUUCAACAUAAUGUUAGUAUGCCAGUUUUUCUAAAGUAGUGAAAUAUACAUGAAAAAUCCCUGACUAAUACUUUUCAAUAGAAAGGAAAUUAAGGCUCUACAUAAUUUCACUUGCUUUAGUUUCGUUUUCAUGUGGUUUUUAGUUUUACAUGUACUUUAACAUACACAAAAUUGAGUGAUUUUAUAAUAUGAAGACUGAGUUCUUGGGGUUAAAGUGGGCCUAGAACAGUGCCCACCUAUUGUUUUUUCACAUUUGACUCAGAUUUUUAAAAACUCCUUCCAAAGAUUUCAAACAUAAAAAUAUCUCCUUUUAAAAAUGUUUUUAUUUAAGAAGACUUAAAUACUACUAGAGGAAACCAGCCAACCCAAGUCUAUUAGAACAUUAAUUUUAUCCUAAAUGCAAACUUAAGUCUUUGGGCACUGAUGUGAAGACUUAAGGUCUUCCAGUAUUUACUUUAUCCUAAGAGCAAAGAGCUGGAUUUUCUGCCACUUUUUAUCUUGCAAUUCAAAAGCAUUUUAGCUAACUUAAAUUUUGAUAAGGUCUUGGAUAUGUUCCAGUAUAUGAGGAGUUGCCGUGUGUCAUACAAACUGCUGUGAGAAAUCUCAUCCCUAAUCUCUCACAGUUGUUUCUACUCACUUACUGAUUAACUCAGUCUUGAUAUGUGUUGAGAAAUGUUGCUUUAAACUUCUGAACUGGCAACAGUUUUAACAAUAAUCAGAUUGUUAUCAUAUUGAAGUCUUGGAUGUUGGAGGCUUCCUGAGGGUGCAGUUUCCCCUCUUCUCCAAGUUUUUAGAAAACCAGUGAAUUCAUUGUAAUUAGAUCAACCCUCUUAAGCCACAGAUUGGGUAUCAAAAUGAAUGCCAGUCCACAUGUACUUAGACAUGAAAUUGGAGCUGAGAACACCCACCAUAUGUGAGCUCAACCCACAUGAAGAUACCAUAGAUCUUUUUUCUGAAGCAGAGAAACAAAAGUCAUUUUCAGAGGCUGACAGAGCCAGCCUGGCUCUAUGGAGGCAUCUCCUUUACAGUUCUGAAGUCUGUGGCCCCACUCCAUAGUUAAAAACUCAACUAUGUGUCAUAGUUAAUUGUUAAAUAAGGUCUCAUACUCCACUGAAGAAAAAACUUGAAUGGCUAUGAAGUGUGUUUCAUUUGUGAGUUUGGUGCCUACUGUUCCAUACCUGAAAUUUGCCCCAGUGCUAAAUGUGGGAAUAUGCAUAUUUGUGUGAUUUGCCAUUAAAGUAAGAUUUUGCCUCUGUGGUACUGUUUUGUUUGAUAAUAAAGUGCAUUGCCACCCUUGA